AUGGACGGACUCAACGAAUACCGCCAGAUCCGCGUCGCAGACAUGCUCGCCGAUUUCCGGUCGUUGCAGUAUUACAUUGCCGCCGCCCCAGUUGAUCCUGAUAACAUGGAAGACUACUACACUGAAGGAUGGGCUGCCCUGCGUCAGUGUGCUAUUGACGGGCAGCACAUCCUCAACUGCGCGGCGGACACCAGUGUCCCAAAUGCGAGAGGAGGCCGAGAGGAACAGGAGAAAGCUGAGCUGCAGCAGGUGCUUUUGGAUGCCUUUGCUCGACGCCAUGAAGGCCAAAAGAUCUAUCUGCGGCAGGAGGCAGCGCAACGAUGGGUUGAGCGCCGCGCGCUGAUCCUUAACGGAGGCAGACCACGUUCUGAGAACCGAUCUGCACUCAAGGCGUGUGACCAACAACUGCGAGCUGAGCUCGCUACCAUCACCGACCAAAACGUCUAUGGCGAUCUACUAGACUCGGAUAUUGCCCUCGGUCGCUGGACGACCGAGGAUCCCAGCCUGAGGAGCGUUCUCCGCUGGUUGGCAGCACGACGCUCCGCCUAA